AUGGCUCAAUGGCAUUACCACUUGCAUCUCGCCCUGACUCGACGUGACUCUUUCAAGCUCAGUCUCUGUAUAACUCUCGGCCACGUCCUGGCCGGGAUCAUGACAUUCUUUCAAGCGUGCCAAUCACGCCACUUCGUCACUGUUGCCUCUGACAACGAGAUCCCAACAGAUUCAAAGAUCCUUUCCGAGGUUAACAGGGACAACGGCACCAUGAAGAUAAGCGGCGGGCCCGGCAGUCCUUUUGCUGCGGAAAUCAGAGAUCUGAUCAAUUUCUGGGGCAAGGGGAAGAAGCAGAUCCCGUGCUUCCUUGCGGUGAUGACCCUGGAGUUUUAUGAGAAGUCCACCAACAGGGAAAAUGAGGCCUGA